AUGCCUGGAGCUAUCGCCACGCUGCUCCUGGCUGCCCUCCCGCUCCUGGCCGGCUACCUCUAUGUCGAGUUGCGCCGGAUCCGCUACCGCCAGUUCGCUGAUAUCCCUAGCCCCCCGACGAGCUUGCUCUGGGGACAUGGCAAGGCUAUCGCGGAUGCGUACGCUAAAGGCGACAUCAGGCGGCACUCUGACUACGUCUUCCACGAAAUCGCGAAAACGCUGGGUGUGCCGCCGAUGGUCAUGUUCGACCUGCGCCCCUUCUACUGGGCCAUCUGCGUCAUCACUUCGCACGAGGUGGCGGAGCAGGUCUCCCGGCCCUCGAAACUGCACCCUUAUAGCACGCCCAAGUCGCCCACGAUGAGGCAACUGGACCCUCUAAUUGGCGAGCAUGCCCUUAUCCACAGACAGGGAGAAGAAUGGAAAUCCCUGCGCAAGCGUUACAAUGCCGGCUUCGCGCCUCAGCAUCUAAUGACUCUCUUGCCGCAGAUUAUGGACAAGACGAAACAGUUCGUUGCCCGACUAGACAAUCUCGCUCGCAAGGGCGAAGAAUUUGGACUCGAUGGCCUAUGCAUUGAUCUUACCUUUGACAUUAUCGGGGCUGUCACCAUGGACGUGGACCUCGACGCGCAGCGGCCCAGAGAAGAGCAGAGCGAAAUCGUGCGAUACUACCGCGAUCUUACGACGUCGUAUACGGCGGACGGCAACGAAAUGGGCUUCACCUUCAACCUCAAGACCUUGUGGCAGCGAAGGAAGCUUGCGCGUCUGGCCGACCAAGCCAUCAAAGACGCCGUCCGUCAAAAGUUCCAGGAGAUCCAGGAAAGUGAGGAGACUCAAAAGACGCGCAGUGUCCUCGCCCUCAGCCUCCGCGACGUCAAAGAGCUGACACCGCAUGUGCUCCAAGUGACAGCUGACCAGAUCAAGUCGUUCCUGUUCGCUGGUCACGACACCACUAGCAUCAUGCUGCAAUGGACGUUUUACGAGCUUUCUCGUAGUCCCAAGGUCAUGGCAAAGCUCCGUGCUGAACUCUACUCUGUCUUUGGUCCAGCGACGGAUUACGAGUCCAUGGCGGAGAUUCUGGUGUCCAGGGGCGAGUGGGCAAUUAACCAGCUGACCUACACCUCGGCCAUUAUCAAGGAGAUCCUCCGCCUGUAUCCACCCGCAGGCUCCGCGCGCAGAGUGCCGUAUGGCGAUGGAUUUUUUGUCACGUUGCCUGACGGCAAGGAGGUCUGUCUCGAUGGCGUUGUCCUGUACAACUGCCAAUACAUGAUUCAUCGCGAUCCCGCGAUAUAUGGCGAGACAAAAGACGAUUUCGUGCCUGAACGCUGGCUAGACGACCUUAAUACGUCCGCAGAUGACGACGUCCCCGAGAAACAUGGCAGCGGGGAGGGCAAGGUACCCGCUAGCGCUUGGCGACCGUUUGAGAGAGGUCCUCGUAACUGUAUAGGGCAGGAGCUGGCAAACCUAGAGGCCAGAGUUAUUAUAGCAACUGCAGUCCACAGGUACGACUUUGUCAAGGUUGGGACUGGCGAGCUGCGACGCGAUGAAGACGGAAAGCUGGUCGUCAAUGCCAAGGGCCAGUACGAGGUGGAGCACGAGCUGUUUAAUACACGACAGGUGACGGCUAAGCCGGUUGACGGCAUGCGUAUGCGGGUGGGAUUCCAUCAGGACCAGUCUUAGGUGGACUCGAAGAAAAGAGUUGACUGAGGUAG